CCGGGAUGGGGGCCCGGGGCCCGGCCCGCCGCGGGGGGGCCCGGCCAUGACGGGCGGCUGCGGGAGCCGCUGCAGCACCUGCCCGCCGCGACGGCACCGCCACUCCCGGGGACCGGCCGGGCUCCUCCUCGCUUACUGCUAUGGACAGUGCUAUCACCCUGUGGCAGUUCCUCCUCCAGCUCCUCCAAGAGCCUCAGAACAAGAACAUCAUCUGUUGGACCUCCAACGACGGGGAGUUCAAACUGCUGCAGGCAGAGGAGGUGGCCAGACUCUGGGGAAUCCGCAAGAACAAGCCCAGUAUGAACUAUGAUAAACUCAGCCGUGCUCUCAGAUACUAUUAUGUGAAGAAUAUCAUUAAGAAAGUGAAUGGGAAGAAGUUUGUGUACAAGUUUGUUUCUUAUCCGGAGAUUUUAAACAUGGAUCCACUUGUCGUGGGCCGGAUAGAAGGAGACCCCGAGAUGAGUGGUUUUGCAGAAGUCAGCAGUGCUCCAAAGGAUGUGGAAAACUGCGGGAAGGAGAAGGCUCAGUCCUGUGCUAAGUCCUCCAGCCGCAAUGACUACAUCCACUCCGGCUUGUACUCUUCCUUCACUCUGAACUCCCUCAACUCUUCCAGCGUCAAACUCUUCAGGUCCAUCAAGAUUGAGAAUCCAGCUGAGAAACUGACCGAGAAGAAACCAGCUCAGGACACAACACCCUCCGUCAUCAAGUUUGUGACCAUGCCCUCCAAAAAGCCUCCAUCUGUCCCCUUGGUCUCCACCACUUCCACGGUCGCUGCCACUUCCACUGCUUCUGCCACUUCAACUGUAUCCUCCCUUCCCAUGGCAACAGAAGACACUCUCCAGACCCUGGAGACCCUCGUCCUACCCAAGUUACCUGUCCCUGAAGCUCCAGCCCCUUUGCCAAACCUAACCACCAGCUUCACCCCAACGCCACCCAUAUCCUCGGUGUCCCCCAGUCUGCAGGUUCCUUCCACGCCCCCAUCGCCACCCCUGAGCUCUAAUCCUGACCUGGACAUUGACACGGACAUCGAAUCCGUGGCUUCUCAGCAGCUGGAGCAGGCUCAGAGCCUUCAGCAUCAAUCCCCAGAGCCCAAAGAGCAGGAUUCAUCUGUGCUGGAGAAGGAAUUUGCCAAUCACCUCUCCAGAUCCAAAAAACCCAAGGGGCUGGAGUUGGCUCCUACUCUUGUCAUUACAGGCAGCGAUCCAAGUCCGCUGGGGAUUCUGAGUCCUUCUCUCCCAACGGCUUCUCUUACUCCAGCACUUUUCUCUCAGACUCCCAUCUUGCUGACCCCCAGUCCCUUGCUCUCCAGCAUUCACUUCUGGAGCACCCUGAGCCCUGUUGCUCCUCUGAGUCCUGCCAGGUUGCAAGGUGCUAACACCCUCUUCCAGUUCCCAUCAGUGCUGAACAGUCAUGGCCCAUUUACUCUCUCUGGACUGGAUGGACCCUCUACCCCUGGCCCGUUUUCCCCUGAUCUCCAGAAGACAUAGCACAUGAACUGACGGGAAGGACAGAUUGGCAAGCAAGGGAAAAACAGGACACUUAACAUGAAACCAUGUUUUUUAAAUGAGCAAUUUGUAAUUCCCCAGAGGUGAUCAGCAGUUAUCAUAGUUUUUGCCAUUCCCAAAUCAAAUGCCUUUUUUGCAAGAUUCCCUUUUUUUGAAGACCCAGGUUGGGAAUGUUUAUGCAAACGCCUUAAUAGGAGCUGCGGCUCCAGUCACUUCUCUUCCCUCCUCGGAUUGGAAGACUUCCCUAUGCUUAAAGGGAGCUUUGGUUGGUGUUGCAGUAACUGAGUCUGCACUGACUGCAGUCAAACAGUGUCAGAGAAGUCUUUUCUCUGGGACUCUUGGAGAAACCCUCUGUUCUUCUGCUUCCUGUGCUUGGCAAGAAGAAAUCUAAUCAUGAUCGAAGCUGGCAUUCCAGGAAAUGCUUGGGAAAGGGGUGUGUGCGCUCAGCUUUGCCUUGGGGCCUGAUAACUUGUGCAGCAACAGAGCAGCCGGCGUCUUUUCUGCUGUAAAAACAGCCUGUCCUUCUGCAGGGAGAGCUUUUCAAGGAGUACCCAGUGAUUGUGUCACUGACAUCCGGACAGUUUUCCAAUGGCAUUGUGUGCCCACAGCCCAGCUCCUCAGGGAAGGGAGCUGGAAAGCUCCUGGAUGCUUCUCCCUGCCCUCCCUUCGGUGAGGAGGCAAGAUCUGGAGCCGAAGGAGUGGUGGGAUUAGAUCCUUCCAGUUCUCAGAAGGUUUGAAUGCUCAAGUCCAAACAUUUCUUGUGCCAGAGACCUGUUAGAGAGCCCUGCUGGAACAGCACCAGGCUGGUGGAUUCCACACGCAGGUUUGAGGGUGGCUCUGGAUUUGUGAGGUUGCUGCCUGGUGCUCGAGUUUCAGCAGCCCCAGCAGUGGGUGAGAACAGUAAUGUCUGAGCGUUGACGUUCCUGCUCUUGCCCCAAAGCUGGAGGGCAGAAGCUCCUCUUCUGCCCACUCUUAUUUCAGGUUUUGCAUUGGAUCCGGUGCUUUUUUCAUUUGAGGAAGCACUGGAGCCUGAACAAGUUCAGCUCAGUCUGUGCAGCCAAGAGGGUACCACAGCCUGUCCGCCUCCGAGGAGAUCUGUGCCUGGGCUGCUCUUCUUGAUGGCCAUGUGUGCAUGGGUUAACCCAAGGUUGGUGUCCAGAGGCAUGAAACAUGGGUGGAAUGGAAUCUGUAGUUAGAUUUUUACACCUCAGGAGGCCUUUUAAGAGAGUAUUUAAGAGGAAUCAAAGGAGAGAGGCUCUACUCUCGCAGGCUGAUGCUGUGCUCUGUUGGUGUGGGGUGACGUGCCCUUCUGCUGUGGGCAUCUGACAUGAGGCAGCAACCUCUGUGUGUGCACACUGAGCUGGUGACAAAAGGUGAUCCUCUGUGUAAAACACCUGCUAGAAACCAGAUGGAGACCAUCUCUUUCCUUUGGCUCUCUUCACAGUGGUGAUGAGCAGAGGAGGAUUGUACCUCUACACAAGAGGAGCUGACAGCGCACGCUGUGUAAAUUGCACCCAUCUUCUGCAGAAGUGGUGAACUCGAGCUUUCCAGAGUUUUCCUUUUGCCACUUUUGCAGGCUCUGAAUUCACUUUAAAUACCCAAGACUUUACUGCAGUGACGUUAUCUUCUGUGUUCUGGCAUUGAAACCUGUAAAGCGCUUGGUGUGUUCCCGACAGAACACCCGAGACGGGGGGUGAGGGAGCUGCUUUUUGGGCAUUGUUCAUCCCCAAAGUCCCCUGCCCGUGGGAGGUGGGAGGGAGGAGGUGGAGGUAGCAGGGAGUGAGCUCGUGGUGAACUGUCUUCCUGUUGCGUUGCGUCAGAGGCAUGAUGCUGCUUCGUGUUUAGAUAUCAGCAGAUGCAGGAUGAGGUUCCUGUGCCAGCAGCUCUUCAGAUGACAAUGUGCAAUAUUGACCUUUUUUGUUUUGAAUGCAGAAAGCAAGCUGCAGAUCUUAACCAAGAGCAGGCACCGGGAGUUCUCUGGUUUGCAUGAUGCCUUGUGAGUCUGCUCUAGAAAAUAUAUAUAUAGCUAUGUAUAAAUAGCAGCACUUUUAAUGGUUGUUUUAGGCUGGCCAAUUUUAUUGCCCACCAAGUGUGAGCAACGUUGCAGACUAGGAUUAGAGUUUAAAACAGAAUUAAUGAGCACUAAAGACUUGCAAUUUAAUUGCUUCCCUUUCCUUGUCCCCUAUGGAGAAAAGCCAAGUUUAUUUGUUGUGUAUGUGCACACAUGCACUUAACUGUGUGUAAACUUUCAGCAUAGGUAUGCAGGAGAGCCAAGUGCUAACGUAGCUUGUUCGUUGUGCUUGGUCUGGUUUCAUGCUCUUCUCCUCACAGCUUCCUAAGAUCCCUCUGUGUAGCUGGUUGGAGACACACAUUCACCUCUGGGGAUGCCAUCCUAGAGGAAAUGACUAUGAAUAUGCAGCCUGGAUGUGUUGUUUUAGUCUGAAACACCCAGCUUCCUCACAGAUAGCACUGAGAAGAGCAUUGCUUUGGCUUCUUAAGCACUCGCCUAGGAAAAGACAGGAUCAUAAUCUCAGGAGGCAGUUGGGAAAGCACACAGAGAGGGCUGGGGAGGUGGGAGAGGAGCCGUUUGCCACCUCUUCUCCAUUACAACUUUCAGGUCACUUAAGAUAAUAUUAUCUUGUAUAUAUGCUGCCUCAUUAAGCACACAUUUACUAACAAUUGUAUUAUUGUCAGCUUUUUGGGAUCACAUUCCUGUGACUUCUUGGAGCUUGGUUCUGUGCAUUGCUGGGACUCCACAAGCUCACUUCAGGAGCAGUUUGCAGCUCGUUGCAACUUGUUUUCCAUUUAGGGAAGGUUGGGGUUAAUACUGGCUCUCUUGGUAAUCAUGGAUUAUCUGUAGUAUGGGUAUAGCACUGUGUUGGUUUAAAAACAUCAUGCAGCCUUACAGAAGCAUCUCAUCACAGCUCAUGUUGCUGAAGUGGUAUUGCUGAGUGCUUGGUAACACUUGCAUCAGUGAAUUCAUCAGUGCUGGUAGAAUUAGGCUGGAUGAGCUUGGAACUGAACAUCUGCCCUGCUUCUGGAAAUCUCUUUAUGUGUCAUUGCUGCUCUAUAAUAGUACUGCAGGGUUCGAAAGCUUGCGUUGCUGUUGCUGUGUGUGAGCCCUGUCAGGCUUUGUUUGAGAUGCUGAGCUGUCAGGAUGCCAUCAGCAACACGUGCUGCAGGCAGAAACCAUCCAUGGGAAGCAGAAAGGUGUUAAUAAUACCCCGUGGUUAUAGAACCCUUCUUAUUCUGUCUUACCUCUUUCAGAGAAUGUGAUCCUUGUGCUGAGGGUGAUGGAGGGAAGGUCUGGGUUUGUUCUCUUAACAGCUUAAGUUCAGCUGCUUGUUUCAGUGAUCAGUCUUCAGCAGAGAUGCUGAAUGUGGCUCCCAUGCACUGGCUUUGGCCACAUCCAAGUUGCUUUGCAAGAGGUCAGGAAGUGAUAAAGUUCCUUGAAUUUGAGAAUUCAUUGUUUUCACUUAGAGCAUCCUAAGGCUUCAGUACCCAUCUGGUGCAAUGGAGCGUGCGUUGUCAUAUGAAAGGCUUGUGCUGUUCAGUGGUGGGUUUGGGAGGGUUUCUCCCUCUGCUGUGUUCUCAGCCCUCACAUACCCAGCUGAUGGACUCUCCUGGGGUUUCAGUGUUCACUUGCAGCAGUGGAGGCUGUUUCUGCACCCGUCUUCCUGCACACAGCUUACAGAAACAGUGAGCUGCGGUGCUGCCAGGUUCCCUCACGACUUCAGCUUCCAUGUGGGAUCUCCUGCAGGGUGAGAGCAGUGGAAGAGCCAGCCUGGAGCCUGAUGCGGUGUCUCAGGUGAGCACAGGCCCAGUUCUGAUCCAUGUCUAGUGCUGAGGUCAGGGCUGGAGGAUCUGAUCUGUUGCCUGCCCCAUGCUUUCUUCAUGCAUCUUUUAGUUACCUUUUGCUACUGGUUUAUAGCAGUUUUGUAUGUACCCGUGUUUUCGAUACGAUUCAACCUCUUCCAUUUUUAAUGCAUAUUUGUUUACAAGACACAUCUCAGUGUUUAUCAAGAGGCUAUCUUGGUAUUGUCAGCUAUGAAAUCAAACUACAUCCGUAGUUAAGGAACAUUGUCAAAGGUAUUUUAAAACUUGAUGGCUGAGCUUUGGUCUCCAUCACAACGUUGUUCUGUUCCAUUCCUGUUCUCCUGUGUCAGAGCCACACGUACCUUCUGGGUGCUGAGGUCCUGGCUAUGGAGAGCUUCAGAACCAUGGUAUUGCAAGCCAAAGGCCUGAGCCCCACGGGCUCUUACACUCAGCGGAUAAGUUGAAAAUCCAUUGCAAUUGCAAUCAUGAAGCUUAGAAGCUCUUUGGGAUGAUUUCAUGAGCUCUGGUAUCCUUGCCUAAACAGGACUGCUUACGGUUUCAUUUGCAUUUAAUUAAACAGUGAUGGGCAAUGGCUGCUGUUGAGUCUGAAUGAAGCAGAUCUGCUUAAUGCAGAAGCCUUUGGCUAUGGUGGCUGAGUGGUGGCUGGUGUGUGCCCUGCUGCAGCUCAUCUGCUCAGAUCAGCUGCUCUUGGAGCAAGAUGGAAAGAUAAAAAGGCAGUGACACCAUUUUACACCGUCCCUCAGGGCUGUUCCUCCUGCCUCAACACCUGGGGAUGUACCAUUCCACUUGGUAGUGCUGCCUGUGCAGGGGCCAGGGGUGAAAGCUGAUUCCAGACAGGAGUUUUGACAGGAAAACUGGCUCUUUUCUCCAUAGGCUGCUAUAGGGCACAACGAUGUAACAGAGGAGCCACAGCAGCACUGCCUGGUUUCUGCAGCCUGUGUUUAGCAUCACCAGCCCCUCUGUCCACAUGGCCUGACCGUCCUGGUGCCACCAAAAGCAGAAGGGUUAAGUUUUGGGUUUGGGUGCCUGGGGAUCCUGAGCUGAGGACUGUGUUACCCUUGCCUGUGUACAAAGAGCAAGCACAAUUAAGGAGGAGUGUGUUCACUACAGAACAUUGAUGCUUUCUGGAGGAUGCAGCUUUGCUGACCAUAACCAUGCUUUGCAAAACAAGGUAAGGAAGCUGGGCAGGACCCGACGAUGUCUCUUGAAUGAGUGUGCUGAAGUAUUCUUACCUUUCAGGAUAGCAAGAUGUCCACUUCAUCUCCAUUAUUCCACACAACAAAGUCCAGCUGACUAGAGCUUAGUUUUGUUCACCCCCUCCCAAAGGAUGCAGUGGAAGAUUUGACUGUGGAGCUCUGUGAUGUGUGCUAAAAACCAGGCUUUGAGAACUGCAGACUCGUGUGUAGAUGUAGAUUCAGCUGAGACUGGAAUAGCUCUUGUGAACAUAAGUGUGGCCACACGUGCUCACUGCCUGAGAGGAUGCGUGUUCUCACAGAGUCUGGCUUUGCAUGCGUGGAAAUAACACAUUAAAUAAUGUUGCCCCAUCCACCAGAGCAGACACUGCGCUCUGCAGUGCCACUUCUCACACGCUGCUGAGCUAUUGGGAGGCCUUUUAGUUUCUAGUAUUCCAUUAUAUCACAGUGUGCAUGAAUUGGUUGCCAAAGGUUAUUUUUCACUGCACCUUUGACAUUCAUAAAUGUCUUAACUGUGUCUUUGAAUAGUUUUAUGGUCAUGGAACGAAAGUUUGGACUUCUCUUACUUCAAGCCCAUGCUUCUCUGUCGAGACCAAGCAUUGCAGGAGGUUUUCGUCUCAGAGGUGGGCUUUGAGCAGGGAGUUAUAGGAAUAAUGCUGAACCUUUGGGAAUCAGGGCUCUUUUAGUGGAGGUGUGGAUGAGCUGUGAGCAGCGCAGGCAGGAGAGGGGAGGAGAAGGGAAGUGCUGUGGCCGGAGCGGGUUCUGGCUGCGGGCAGCACAUGCAGCGGUGCUGUACUAAUAACUGGAAGCUGUUUUUUAUUCUUUUUGGGGGUUUAUUUCCUUUUUCUCUAUGUUUUGAGCACAGGAAGGCUCUGAGGAUGGGCUCUGCAUGGUUCCGUGUGUGUGCUGUGUGCUGGGGGGGGUUAAAUACCUGGGCUUGCUCUCGGCUCCUUGAGCUGUGUUGUGUUUUAUUGGGGGCUGGCAUGUCUUAAAUCUUCAGGCUUUGAAACGGCUUUCUAGACUUGUGUUGACUUUUUGUUCUGCUCUUGUUCAGUUGCACAGAGGUUUCUAUAUAUGAUGUGCUAGUUCUAACCUUCAUGCUCUGUGAACAGGGUUGAGAUUAUUCCGUGUAGUUAAAAAGAGAGUUGUAUUCUAAACCUCCCUUUUAAAACCUUGUUUGUAUUCUGUUGCAGUGUUACCAGAUGGCCUUAUGUACGUCACAGUGUUUGUGAUAAGUACAGUAGCACAUUUAAUGCUUAUCUCCCCCCCCCUCCAUUUUUAUAGCUGAGAAGUAUAUUCUUUAUAAUAGAGAUGAAUAAAAGGGAAAGUUCCAGCAACGUGCACGUAAGGAUAUAGUGGUUGUCUCCUGUACCAUCUAUGAUGGCAGCUGGAAUUAAUCUGGGACUGAAACGACGCUGAAUAGGGAUCGUAACCAGCAUGAGACUUUGUCUUGGGAAUUCUGCAGCUCCUUGAGCCAGCUGCUGGCAGAUGUGAGUCCCAUGCCAGAAGCUUGUAAAUCAGAGCAGAUCCAUUGGCUUCGCUGGAACUGGUCUCACUUACCCCGGCUGUGGCUCGGAUGAAGUCAGGGGAGGGAAGCUUGAAGUUCCAUUUGAGAGAACUUAAAGCAACCGAAUCAGCUGCGGUAACGUGGGGCAGGUGUUGUUUGGCUUUAAAGUGCACAUCUGCUUUGGAAAGUGACUUCCUGAUGCCUUUAGUGUUUCACUGCUCAAUUGAAUGUUCAGGUGACCCUGGGUCCUUUGCAGUGAUGUCUGCAGUGGUUUUAUCCUACAGCAGCUCUGCCUGGGGCAGGCUGUGCAGACAUUCACAUCAGUGAACUCACUCUUUAAUCUGGAAUGGAUUCUCUUUGCUUUCCUGUCAUUUUAGUAGAACCAUCAGUGGUAAAAAUAACACUGAAAGCAGCAGUGUGAACGCUUUCAGUUGCUCUUUCCAGACCAGAAUUGCAUUUAUCUUUAUAUAUAUAUAUAUCUAUAGCACCAAGUCAAGAGACAAAGCACGUUAAGUUGUAGUGAGUGUCUUAACUUCCUACACUGGAGACUUUAUUUCUAGACCCAGUCUUUUAGAGCCAGCUGCAAUCUGGCACCGCUUUGGUGCUCGCGUUGCAGUUGGGUGAACUCACCUGGGAGAGAAUAGCUUCUCAGUCUAACUUCUUUUUAAAGUAAUACCUUAUAGGAAGAGUAUCUUAAUGCCAUUGUGUUUCUAAAACAAAUGCUGGUAUGUAAUGCAAGUACAUAAAUAGCCAAAGUUUUCAGUAAUUGUUCAGUGUUACUAAAUUUGCUUUUAUUUAACCUUCUGAGAUAACAUAUUAGGAAGACCUUCAGCGUGGCGAUAGCAGAUAGGAAAACAACGGCUGAUCCCUUUGCUUAGAGGACCUCUGCAGUUAUUGGGACACAUUUCAGGUUCAAAUGCGUUCUGGGGGGCAAAGUUCUAAGGUGCAAAGUGACUGUGGAGGAAGUGCACUGCAAGGACACCUUCCACUAGCAGGGGCUGCUGUUGGAGCGCGUUGGCUGUUGUUCCUCGAGCAUCACGAAGGUCUGUCCUGAGGAAUCAGGUGACUUUUCUAUUGCUUCGAUUUUUGUGCAAAAAAAGAAAAAAAGAAAGAAAAAAACCCCAACCCCUGACUGUAUUGCAACCUUUUUUAAACGCGGGGUGGGAACAGUUAAAGAAAACUAUUUUGUGUAAGAACUGACCGAGGGAUUUGCUUUGUAUAAUGCAGGCUGGCUUUCCAAAAGCAUUGUAGCAGAUUAUCCAAGUCAAUCCUAUGUUAAUAGUUAUGUGCAACAGACAUGCAAAACAACUGUAUUUUUUUAAAUAAAUAUUUUUAACAAAG